AUGUCGACCACCGCUACCGCCCAGGGCGCCUACGCCAUCCACCCUCUCAAGGCCGGCCGCGCCGCCGACCCGUACACCUACCAGGUCGGCUUCGGAAACGCCUUUGCCAGCGAGGCUGUCCCGGAGACCCUCCCUGUCGGCCAAAAUUCGCCCCAGAAGAACAAGUUCGGCCUCUAUGCUGAGCAGGUCACGGCGACUUCCUUCGUAGCUCCCCGUCACUCGAACCAGAAGCUCUGGCUCUACCGCAUGCGCCCUUCGGUCGCCCACCAGGGCUUUGUUCGCAUCCCCGACAACAAGGACCUCUGCUCCGAGUUCUCGACCUCCAACCCGCGCUGCUCCGUCUCGCCUACCCAGAUCGCAUGGCGUCCUUUCCCUCUCCCCAAGGACAGCGAGAAGGUCAACUUUGUCCAGGGCAUGAAGACCGUCGCCGGCCAGGGCUCGCCGGAAUCCGCUUCCGGACUCGCUAUCCACAUGUACCUCGCCAACGCGUCGAUGGACAAGGAGGCGUUUAUCAACAACGACGGUGAUAUGCUCAUUGUCCCCCAGCAGGGUCGCCUCGACAUCCAGACCGAGCUCGGCCACCUCAUGGUCUCUCCCGGCGAGAUCUGCGUCAUUCAGCGCGGUCUCCGCUUCAAGGUCAAGCUCCCGGACGGCCCUUCGCGCGGCUACAUCCAGGAGAUAUUCGGCACCCACUACAAGCUCCCCGAGCUCGGCCCGCUCGGCGCCAACGGUCUCGCCAACCCCCGCGACUUCGAGCACCCCGUUGCCUCGUUCGAGAUCGACCAGUCCGGCUGGCUCAUCACCUACAAGUUGAUGGGCACCCUCUGGGCUUGCUCGCAGGAGCAUUCGCCGUUCGACGUUGUCGCGUGGCACGGCAACUACGUCCCGUACAAGUACGACCUCUCGCGCUUCUGCGGCGUCGGCUCCAUCACCUUCGACCACAUCGACCCCUCCAUCUUCUGCGUCCUCACCGCCGACUCGGACACGCCCGGAACCCCUCUCGCCGACUUCCUCCUCUUCCACCCCCGCUGGGACGUGGCCUCGCACACUUUCCGCCCGCCUUACAUGCACCGCAACUCGGCUAGUGAGGUCAUGGCGCUCAUCAAGGGCGGCUACGGAGGACGCUCGGACGACUUCCAGCCCGGCGGCAUGUCGUACGAGUGCGGCUUCACCCCCCACGGUGUUGACUACGAGACCUGGAAGGCCGCUACGGAAAUGUCGCAGGAAGGCGCGCAGUGGAUCAGCGACGGAACCUACGCCGUCAUGUUCGAGACGAGCCGCAUGCUCCUCUUGACCGACUACGCGACCGAGCGCGCCGGCACGAUCCACUACCACGAGCCGAAGAUGUGGGACCCUCUCGAGGCCGAGUUUAUCGAGCGCCUGUCGGAGGUCAACGAGCACUUGGCCAAGCACGGCUUGCCCGCGCUCUCGGCAGGAAAUGCGACUCGCGGAAACCAGGGCCUGCCCCGUCGAACGGUCGCUGGCGAGUCGGCGAUGGAGGGUUCGGAAGAGCACGCGAACGGCCACUAG